ACCGCACUUGGACUAAUCGACUACCAAAUGCGCGAGAUUUCUUUGUUAUAGACCUGCUACCAUAUAGGUCACGAGGGAAUUACUUUCGUCAUCGCUUAUCUGUUCUUUUUCCUAUUUAUACGCCCCCCUAAAGCACCACGUUUGAGGUGUAUUUGAAGUGAGUGGCAGGGAGCUCCUGUCACUCUUGUCACAUAAGACUCAAGGUGUCUCCAACGCGAUUUCGGCCGGUGCAGUUGUCGCUAGGAUCUCCCUCGCGGAGGCUACAAGUACCCGUUUCAUUGAACCGAUUUCGUCCGAUAUUUCGGAACCUAUCUAUUGACGCUCGACGACCUUCCUCCCAGUAUACUAUUAUCACAAUGCCAUCGGUAGAAACUGUCAGCCAGGCUCAUGGCGGUAUGGGCAAUGAGGGAUUGCAGGAUACAAGAGAAUCGGGGCGCAAACUACCACAUUCCGUGACGCAUGGGAUGGCGCCCGCAUCAUCUUCUUGGUUGCCUCUGGGCAUGAAAGAAACAUUGCAUCAAUGGUGGCACAAGGCGCCCGCUGCAGUGGCCGAACACAAAGUACUUUCAACUAUUCCCUAUCUUCAAGAAGCCCCUACUCAACUACAAACUGGUAGUACUGCAAGUGCUCCAAAUUCACCCACUGCAACGGACAGCCUACAGGCAGUUGAUCCUAGCCAAUCCGGUGACGAGAUUGUCAACUCGAACAACGAUCCUUAUGGACCCCGCCGCUGGCGCUCACGAAUGGUCGAACUGAGCGGUAAAAAUCGAGCACUCAAUGAGUUCUCUGUCGAGCGUAUUGGCGAGGAAGCUGACCAAAAUCUUGUCAUGCUACAUGGAUAUGGUGCUGGCCUAGGAUUUUUUUACAGAAAUUUCGAACCUCUGAGUCGUGCCAAGGGCUGGCACCUCUAUGCGUUGGAUUUGUUAGGCAUGGGCCGUAGUACACGUCCACCUUUCAAGAUCAAGGCCUCGGAUCGUGAAGAAGCCAUCACUGAAGCGGAGAAUUGGUUCAUCGAUGCUCUUGAAGAGUGGCGAGUCAAGCGCAAGAUUGAUCGCUUCACAUUGAUGGGUCAUAGUAUGGGAGGCUACAUAGCUGCGGCUUAUGCGCUCAAAUAUCCGGGCCGCUUGAAUAAGCUGAUUCUGGUUUCGCCAGUCGGAAUCCCGGAAGAUCCAUAUGCCGUGAAUGAAGCGAUGCCGACUGACUCGACAGAAGGCAAUGGUACUAAUAACAGAAUGCCUCCCCGGCUACCUCGUCUUAUCACUUACCUCUGGGAUGCCAAUGUCUCGCCUUUCAGUUUCAUUCGUUGGUCUGGUCCACUCGGCCCUGGUUUGGUGUCGCGAUGGACGUCCCGCCGGUUCUCACAUUUACCAUAUGCGGAAGCUGCAGCUUUGCAUGACUACACAUAUUCCAUCUUCAGACUUCGUGGCAGCGGCGAGUACGCCCUCACAUAUCUUUUGGCGCCAGGAGCAUUCGCACGAAGCCCUUUAAUUCGCCGAAUCCAAGGCAUAGGCCGACAGGUCAUUCGACCUGAUUCCCCUGUAGCAAUGACUUCAGUAUCUGACGUGUCUGCGGCAUCUGUGGCUGCGUCGCCUGCAUCUCAGCCACUGAGAGAGAACGGUAUACCCGUGAUCUUUAUGUACGGUGACCACGACUGGAUGGACGUUGCUGGUGGUUUCUCAGCCAAAGAGAAAAUAGAAGAAGAAAGGCGUCGGAUAUUGAAGGAAGCUACUCCCGAACAACGCGAGGCAGACAAUGGCUCUGCUAAAGUAUACAUUGUCAAGAAUGCCGGUCACCACCUUUAUCUCGAAGGUGACGAAGAGUUUAAUGAUAUAAUCCUUAAGGAAAUGGAGGAUGUACGACGCAGAGAAGCAAAACGUCAAUCAUAGACAGCAUGCUUUAUCAUGCGAUCGUCUCCGACACUUUAUCUUCUAAUUUACGACAUUUACUGUCUUCCUAGCUGAAAGCGAUUUUCUUUGUUUUGGUUAUUCAGGAGUUAAAAGGAGCAGCCUUCUUGUUCAUUCAAGGUCCAGGUCUCAAUAUAGACUUCUACUUUCGGAAAUUUCUCGAAUCAUUCUCAAUUCUAUAAUGAGUUCGAUUAGGCGUGUGUACAUAUCAAAGAAAAAUAGAUUGUCACAUCAU